AUGGCUCGCUCGGGUACCUUGCACAGAGACAUCUCUCCGCCCCCAUUGAGGAAGGCCUCGACUGUCGCCAAAAAUGCAGGAAAGCCGGAACAGCCCAAGAAAGAGCUCGAAGAGCACAACGAUGAGACGCAUGAGAAGUGCGCACCAGGCGGCAAGUCAGAUCUAGCUGCUAUCGAAGCUGGCGAGGUCGAAAUCCGCGAUCAUCUGGAGUACUUCUUCCAUCACCUCUCCAGUGCUUCCAGGCCGGCUGUAGGUCCAAGGAUCAGCUUCGACGCGUGGAGAGACCUGUAUAAGAGGAGCCAGCAUCCGCACGGUCGACACUUCGUGGUCCACCAGCAUGAUCACCCGGUCUCUGGUGUACACUAUGAUCUACGUCUGCAAAUCUCUGCUACAAGCUCGAUUAGUUUCGCUGUACCUUACGGACUGCCGGGCAACCCAAACUCUCAACGUCCGAAUCGGAUGGCGAUUGAGACCCGAGUGCACAAUUUGUGGAAUCACUUGAUCGAGUCGGCGUCACACGCUACUGGCUCACUCUUGAUCUGGGAUACUGGACAGUAUGAAGUGCUGCCUCGGCCUCGGAAGCGCCAGAAAACGACAGACGAUGAGCUGUCCAAUGAUGAGGCCAGUACUAAGCUUGAUAACCUGUCGCAAAGUGAGCUCCUUCAUCAGGCAUUCCAGUCUCGUCAUAUUCAUCUGCGGUUGAACGGUGCUAGAUUACCCCUUGGCUACACAAUUGCUCUUCGUCUGCCAGCUUCGAACCACACAGCUGCACAGCCCAAGAAACCUGCUCGGAAAUGGCGACGCCAGCACCCAUCGAAAGCUGCGAGGAAGACAAGCGUAGUCACAGAUAGCGACUAUGACAGUGGCACGGUACCCUCUUCGCCUGUGGCGAUCGACGCCGAAGCAGAAGAGGAAGACCUGGCCGCAGCCAUAGCUUCAGAAGAUGACGAAGAUGCUACGAUUCGUGCUAACAACGCCUAUACUGGCGCAACGAACUCCAUCGGAUCUGUUCACCAGCGCCACUGGUUCCUUACACUUGACCGCACAUACUCAGGGUUUCGAAAAGCUGGCAAUGGACCUGACGCAGGACAGUGGGUUGGAGACUGGGAAGCAUUCUAUGUUCGAGGUCGAGACGUUGAACGUAGCGUGGUCACUGGCCGUAAUGCCGAUGAAGUGAUGGCAGACGAAAACGUGGAGGAGUUUGUUGGUAGGAAGAUGUGGAGGCCUAUCACUGAAUGA